AUGACAUUCUGGUCACCAGAUAGUCUUGUAUUAUUUCAGGAUUCUGAACCAUGGAUAACGUCAGAAAAGCAAACACCACCUUUGCACUCAGCUUAUUCAGAAAGCUGAGUGAAAAUGCCACUACACAGAAUUUAUUCUUUUCUCCUUUGAGCAUUUCCUCUGCUUUGGCCAUGGUGUUCUUGGGUGCAAAGGGUAACACUGAAUGCCAGAUGGCAAAGGUGCUUUCUUUGGUCAAACCUGAAGAUAUUCAUGAUGGGUAUCAGUCACUUAUUUCUGAAAUUAACAAACCAGGCCUUAAUUAUUUGCUUAGAAUGGCUAACCGGCUGUAUGGGGAAAAGACAUACCAGUUUCUUACAACAUUUAUAGACGCCAGCCAGAAAUUCUACCAUGCAGAGCUAGAACCACUUGACUUCUCUGGAGCUCCUGAAGAUUCCAGAAAACAUAUAAACACCUGGGUAGAAGAAAAAACUGAAGGUAAAAUCCAGAAUCUGUUGGCUCAGGGUAUUGUUGAUUCAAUGACCAGACUAGUCUUGGUGAAUGCCAUCUACUUCAAAGGCAACUGGGCAACCAAAUUCAACGAAGCUCACACUGUGACAAGGCAAUUUAAAAUUAAUAAGGACGAAAGCAAACCAGUGCAGAUGAUGUUCAAGAAAGCUACAUUUAAGAUGGGAUAUUUAGGAGACUUUCAGACCAAAGUCCUUGAGCUCCCUUAUGUUGAUAAUGAGACUAGUAUGAUUAUUCUGCUUCCUGAUGAAAUCCAAGAUAAUUCCACUGGUCUGGAACAGUUGGAAAGAGAAAUUACUGAUGAGAAACUUGCAGAGUGGAUAAAUCCAGACAUGAUGGAUGAUACUGAAGUUGAGGUGUUUCUACCCAAAUUUAAGUUGGAGCAAACUUUCGAUCUGAAGCCUGUUCUGAAGAGCAUGGGAAUGACUGAUGUAUUUGACCGAAAAAAGGCAGAUUUAUCUGGAAUGUCGGCCAACAAUGACCUUUUUAUGUCUCAGGUUGUUCACAAGUCCUUUGUGGAAGUGAAUGAAGAAGGCACUGAGGCAGCAGCUGCUACUGCAGCAGUGAUUACUUUGCGAUGUGCAAUGAUUGUACCUAGGUUCACUGUUGACCAUCCUUUCAUGUUCUUUAUCCGGCACAACAACACUGGCAGCAUUAUGUUCUAUGGCAGAUUUUGUUGCCCCUAAAAAUUAGUAAUACAGCUAUUAACACAAGAAAGUUAGUUCCAAACUGUAAAAGUAUAAUAGCAUUUGCCAUCGUUCACUGGAAAGCAUCUCUGCAUAUCCUGUGUAUCUAAAUAAAUGCAGGUUUGUUUAGCUUGAGUCCUGGUUUCUCUUUACCAAUAACUACUUUGCUUAAUGUAUUGAUCCAUCUCUGUAAAUGCUGCCCUUGAAACCUGGUUCUCAAACUUGGGGUUGCUUAGCUAGCAACAAGUGGUAUAUCUUAUGGGGGGAAGAAAAAAACUAACUUUUCAUUGAGCUCCAAAUACUUUUUUUUUUUAAAUUUCCCUUCUCCCUGUCUCAUUUUCCAUACUGGUUUUCCAUGUCUAGCUAUGUCCCUAGAUAUUUUUUAAAUAAGAUUUUUAUGAAUGAUGCUCUUGGGGAAUAACUGAGCAAGUCCUUAUGCAAGAGUAGGGAUAAAGUCAACUCCACUGAAGUCAAAGAUAAUAUUGUCUUCAGUGCAGCCAGAAUAUCACCCUGCAUGUGCCUUGUCACUAGUUAACCUGGGUUACACUCAAAGACUUGUGAAACAGGACAGAUGUUUCUAUCUAUAACAAAGAUUGUAAUAUAUUCCAGGACAUGUACAGCAAUUUAAAUGCAAGCGCUCUCAUAUUUGUAUCUAAUGUAACUAACCAGGGAGGUAGUAUGUAACUCAGCAAGUUUUUUUUUGUUUUUUUUUGCUUAGACUAAUAAUGCUAAAUUCUAUGCUAUAGUAGUUAUAUACAAUGAUAUUGGUCUUGCUGUUUCUGCUCCUUGAAGCAGUAAUAAAGGAACUGAUGUGAA